GCGUCUCACGGGAGGCUGCCGGGACUGCAGGCGACCCACGUCGAGCGGAAGCACCUUCGGCUACUCAGAGACGGAACCUGCGAGUACUUCGUCUGCCCCAAGGACGACGGCAUUCGCAAGCUGUUGAUCUGUCGGGCCGGUCGGAUAGUGCUCCUGGAUCGCGCCUCCAACUCGACUCCCGUCUCCACGAGGGCCGGCGUGUGCGACGAUGCGGUGCUGGACGGGGAACUAGUCGGCUCCUCGUUCCUCGUCUUCGACGCGUUCCUAGGGCUCUCCGGCCGGAUCACGCACCUCCCACUGUCUGGACGCCUCGAGGAGGCCAGGCGGUGGGUGGAUCGGCAUGGUGGCGCGAUCGACGACGUCGACGUCAAGGUAAAGAGCAUGGUGCGAUGGUCGGAGGGGCUCGAGGAGGAGAUGAAAGCCGCCAUGGCCGGAGGAUGCACGGACGGAGUCGUCAUGACCCCCGAUGCGCCCAUCCGCGGGAGAGACUCGCCACCGACGUUGAAGUGGAAGCCGAAAGAGGACAUCACCGUCGACUUCCUCCUGAACCCGUCGUCCGAGUUGUGCGUGGUGGAGCGAGGCACCCUCGUACCAGUCGCGACGGCGAGGUUCCCACCCAGCAUCCUGGCGAGCCGGCUCCGCACGAUGGCCCGCAAGGGGAACGUCGUCGUGGAGUGCGAGAUGGGAUCGAACGGGGCUGAUUGGAAUUGUAGAAAGAUCCGCACCGACAAGGACUCUCCCAACAGCAUGUCGACUUACCGGAACUCGCUUCGUAACAUCGCCGAGGACGUCCGGUUCGAGGAGUUGUUCGGGACUUUUACGGGGUCCUCCUCCCGGCCCGUAUCGACUCGUUCCUCUGAAUGA